AGCUUAGAUUUUGUUUUGGUGUCUUCUUUUAGGUUAGCUGAUCAGCUGACAUCAAGCUGCAAGCUGCAGCUAUACUAGAGAUAUACACUGUUAUGUAGCUCAGCUCAAGUUACAGUUGACAGACCAAUCUCGUGAGUAUCAGCAGUGCUAUUCUUUUUCUUCCAGCUAGUAUUAUACCAAUCUCUUUAAAGAAACACCUCUCUAACUCUGUCUGUCUGGAUACUUUCCAUCAUGAACGAAGCAACAAGAAAGCAGCUUGAAUCUUACCUGGAGAAAUGUGAGUCGGAAUUGGAUCGGGUCAUGAACUUCUGGCUCACAAAUUCUCAUGAUGAAAAAAAUGGUGGAUUCUUUGUCUGUCUUGGAAGGGACGGUAAGGUGUAUGAUGAAACCAAGUAUUGCUGGCUUCAAGGCAGACAGGUUUGGUCAUACUGCAAGCUAUACAACAACAUCCCCAAAUAUCACACUGAUGCAAUACUGAAUGUUGCUAAAAGAGGAGGUGAGUUCUUAAUGAAGUAUGUGAAGAAUCCUGAAAACAACAAGUGUUUCUUUACGGUCACAAAGACGGGGGAUCCAAUCAAGAUUCAACGAAGCAUCUUUAGCGAGUGCUUCUACAUGAUUGCUAUGGCAGAGCUAGCUAGAGCAACAGGAGAGGCAAAAUACAAGACCGAAGCGGUAGCCAUGAUGGACCAACUCCAGCAUUGGGUAAUGGUGGACGACACAGCCCUAGGGCACCCUCGUCUGUCCGGUUCACCUGCAGUUAACACGCUAGCAGUGGCCAUGAUCUUUAUCAUAUUGGUCGAGGAGUUGGCGUGGGAUGACGCUGAGUUGAGAGAGAAGUAUGCUCCCCUGGAAGAAUGGGGUCUCAAACAGACGAUGCAGCAUAUACAGAGAAAUGAUGAGGUUAUACUAGAAGUUGUCAGUACAGAUGGCAAUGAACUUCCAGGUUCUCAAGGACGUGUCAUGAAUCCAGGUCACGCAAUAGAGACGGGUUGGUUCUUGCUCCAGUAUGCCAAGAAGCGCAACCGACCUGAUCUCCGUGACCUUGCCAUCUCGCAGUUCAUGGUCAAGCCCUUUUUGACGGGCUGGGACAAGGAGAAUGGCGGCAUCCUCUACUUUCUGGAUGCGGACGGUCUUUCUCCAACACAGCUGGAGUGGAACAUGAAGCUGUGGUGGCCUCAUUGCGAGGCUCUGAUUGCAUUCCUCAUGGCCUACAGGGAGACUGGAGAACAGCAGUACCUGGACUACUUCAAGCAGGUCUGGGACUACACAAUCAAACAUUUUGUAGAUCCAGAGCACGGAGGAUGGUAUGGAUACCUAUCAAAACAAGGAGUCGUCAGCCAAGACUUCAAAGGGGGACCUUUCAAAGGUUUCUUCCAUGUUCCCAGAUGUCUGUUCAUGUGUAUUGGGAUGCUGCAAGAACUAUUGAAGUAGAUCUGCCAAAGAAUGACAAAACAAGACUACCUCUCUGGUUUGCUAGUACUUGUGUUUCAUUCUUUCAUACUUUUUUUAAUAGAUGAUUUGUGGUGAUUGCUUUUUAAAAACUCAAUUGGUUGAAUGGUAAUUCAGGAAUAUUUUUUUGAAUAAAUUGUGUGUAAAUGGUGUAUUGUAAAGUAUCCUUAGGUUUCAGUGGGCUGAGUGGGUAUUUUUAUGGAUGAAAUGGUUUGAUAAAUAGCUUUUUCAAUUUUUGAAAUUAAUUGUGUGUCCUUAGUCAAUGAUUUAACUCAAUAAGGUUAUACGGCUGAAAAUUUUGAGGUGAAUUUUGACAGCUGGUUAGAUAAUGUUUUAUAAUGUAGUAUUUGAUACUAGAUAUUAUUAAUGAAAUAAAUACAUUGUGAAUGAGCUAUGAAAAAGAACUCUCAAAACAUAUUUAACACAUCUUUGUUUGACAGAAUGACAAUCGGAGCAGGCCUUUCCUAAUGACUUGAACCCUAACUUUGUGAAAAGUAUAUCUAUCAAGAUAAAUAUCAAUGAACAUGUUCCUUUUCGUGUGGCUCUGUUACCGGUAUGCAGUUCUAAAUGACUGAUAUAAAUUUGAUUUACUCCAUUGAAACUGAGUGAGAACUCACUUGUUUGAUAUGCAAAUUCCUCUGUCGUCUGCAAUAUAUAUGUAUUUACAAUUUGAGGUUAUUAUGGGUAUACACCUUUUGCUCAAUUUUUGUUACUCCUCUUGGAAGUCUUCUUCUAAAAUGCAUAGAAUUGCUGCAAUGUAUGAUAAUAUUAGCAGCAUUCAGACAUUCCAUUUGAUGAGAAUAUUAAUAUUAAUGUAAUGUGUGUGUCAUUUAGUCCAAGAAAGGACACUAAGUAUUUGUACAUUCAGAUGUAUUUUAUAUUUCUCACUUUCUAUGCCUAAAAUAAUUUGGGUACCGGUACAUUUUUAAUAUGUUUGUAAGUACCGUAGAAUAAUAUCCAACAUUUGUAAGAUGGAUACAUGCUCAGGGUUAUGUAUCUGGGACUUUAGGUGAUGUCAUGACGUGUACAUUGAAAGGUACAUGUGUUAGAAAAUGCAGAUACUUAUUGAAAAUUAUAUUCAACAAUUGAGAACUGAAAAACAAAUACUUAAAAAUCAACCAAUUUUUGAGAGAAAUAAAUGCACUGGCAGAAAAUAUUGACUAGCUAUAAACAACCAUUUUCUUAUUAUUUUUAUUUUUUAGAUAUUUAUUUUUCAUUUAUAUUUUUGGUCAUUUUGCACAAUUGAUAACUUAGCCAAUUUGUAUUCUGCGUUUGUAUGCUAAUAGCCCAUGUGCUGCAUUUCUAAUCUGAUGUUUGUUUUAUAUUUUUUUGACCUGAUACAAUGUACCUGUAAAAGUCCUGUGAUAUUUGUUUUGACACUGCAAGGUAAGUCAACCCUCCAUAAUAAGUGCAAUUAUUUGUUUUGUUUAUCAUUUUUUUAAAGGUAGAAAUAUUAGGCUAUGUGUGAUUUUACCUAGCUAUCUCACAAAAUACCUAUAUUUUCUUGUUGAAAUGUGAUUUUGUGUCUGUCAUAAUGGCACUACUUUAAAAAAGAAUGAAAUUGUAUAUGUAUACUCUUGCCCUGACAAGAUUAUGCCAGUAGAUGAUAUGUGCCUUUCAAAUAAAGAACUAUUUCAUGAGAUACUGAAAUAAAGAGUUUAUAUGUAUAUUCAGGUAUAUUUGACAAUGUAGAAUAACUUUUGUGGAAGUUCAAUAAAUUCAGGAUCAUAUUCGCACAAAAUAUGUUGCAUUGAGGGCCAUCAGAUAUUACUUAGUUCAACUUGUCAUUUCAAGAAAGUCAGCUGUAUUGUCUUUGUCAUUAAAGAAUUAUUGAUAUACAUUAAUUCCCAUUUCAACUCAUUGAGGAAUUGUAUAAAGGCAAGUAAAGUAAUCACAUUUUCUUCUUCAAAUUGUCAAUACAGGUGACAUUAUUUUAUUGCCACAUUGAUCUACAUUUUUUUUUUUUUUUAAUCAUGUUUAUCAAAAGAAUAAAGAAAAUUAUUUUGAACAUCUUAACAUUUUGCUAAUUUCAGGAUUUUGAAAGCUUAUUUUCAUCUUUUUCUGAAGUUGUUCUUUAGUAAAUGAAUAUCACAAUUGAUUUGAUUUAUUAUAUGCAGCAGUAUACUAAUACAUUAUAUUUUUAUCACCUUCCACUAUUCUUGAGGAUUAGAUGUUCUUUUUAAUAUCAAUAAAAAGUCAUUCCGUUAAAUAACUAA